AGCGUCGGCUCAAACAGGACGGAGACGCCGUUGACUCAAGCUAACCAACCGGCCAGAGGACCGUUGGUGACGUCACCGCCGUGCAGUUCCGGAGGCACGUGACGGUGACUGGGUUCGGGUCAGCUGAUAAAAGUCGGCUGUUUAUCGACAACAAGCUCGAAGUGCUCAGUCAUUGUGGUUCUGCUGGUCCUGGUCCUGAUUCUGGCACAAUGAGGAGCCUGGUUGUGUUGGUGUUGGCGGCAUUAGCUUUGACGAACGACGCUCUGGUUCGAAUUCCCUUAAAGAAAUUCCGUUCAAUUCGCCGCGAGCUGUCCGACUCGGGAAGAAGUGCUGAGGAGCUCCUGGCCGGCAAACACUCCCUUAAGUACAACCUGGGCUUCCCUUCCAGUAAUGCACCCACCCCAGAAACGCUGAAGAACUACCUGGAUGCUCAGUAUUAUGGAGAAAUCGGUCUGGGUACGCCUCCCCAGCUGUUCACUGUGGUGUUCGACACGGGCUCGUCCAACCUGUGGGUCCCCUCCGUUCACUGCUCCUUGCUGGACAUCGCCUGCUUGCUUCACCACAAAUACAACUCUGCUAAAUCCAGCACCUACGUGAAGAACGGCACCGCCUUCGCCAUCCAGUAUGGAUCCGGCAGUUUGUCUGGAUACCUCAGUCAGGAUACGUGCACCAUCGGAGACAUCUCCGUGGAGAAGCAGCAGUUUGGUGAAGCCAUCAAGCAGCCUGGUGUCGCAUUCAUUGCAGCCAAGUUUGACGGGAUCCUCGGCAUGGCGUAUCCCCGGAUCUCUGUGGAUGGGGUGGUUCCUGUGUUUGAUAACAUCAUGAACCAGAAGAAAGUGGAGCAGAAUGUCUUCUCCUUCUACCUGAACAGGAACCCGGACACCGAGCCGGGAGGUGAGCUGCUGCUGGGAGGAACCGACCCCAAAUACUACACUGGAGACUUCCACUACGUCAACAUCACCCGGCAGGCCUACUGGCAGAUCCACAUGGACGGGAUGAGCAUCGGCAGCCAGCUGAGUCUGUGUAAUGGAGGCUGCGAGGCCAUCGUGGACACUGGGACGUCUCUGAUCACCGGCCCAGCAGCCGAGGUCAGAGCUCUGCAGAAAGCCAUCGGAGCUCUUCCACUCAUCCAGGGAGAGUACAUGGUUCCCUGUGAGAAGGUCCCAGCGCUGCCCACCAUCACUUUCAACGUCGGUGGUCAGACCUACAGUCUGACUGGAGACCAGUACAUCCUCAAGGUGAAUCAGGCUGGGAAGACGAUCUGUCUCAGCGGCUUCAUGGCUUUGGACAUCCCUCCCCCCGCCGGGCCGCUGUGGAUCCUGGGAGAUGUGUUCAUCGGUCAGUACUACACUGUGUUCGACCGGCAAAACAACCGGGUCGGCUUCGCUAAAUCAAAGUAAACGCUGCAUCCUGCACACAGAAGGCGAGCUGAACAUGGCGCUUUGGAUCUGAGCUGCUCGUUUGUUUCUCUGUGAUCAAAAUGUAUCUAACCAUAGACUUUAGAACAAACAUGCACAGAUGCAUGUUUGUUCUAGAUGCAUCUUCUGCCCGGUUCUGACGGAGCAAAAGAGAACAGGGAUUUGAUAAGUUGUUGUGGUAUGGAUGAAAACAACCAAGUAAUUUCUUCUAAAUUAGGGAUUUGUUUUAAAAUGUUUUAAUUGCUGUUUUAGGUGGAAGAUGGUUUCACUACUGAUUUUGAUCUUCUGUUUCUGUCAAAAGUUUAAAUAAAUCACAUGUUUUUGUUCCUGCUCAGUCUUAAAGUGUGGGAAAAUAUGGAUUUUGCAUUUUUCCAUGUCUAAUUUGGAUAAUUAUGUUUGGAAAAGCAUUGAUAUCUUCAGACUCUUGUCCUGUUUCAAGAUAAUGAAAUAUAAAAGGAGCCAGAAAUAUUGACCUUUACAAUAAUGAAAGUAUUUGUUUUGUGUCAAAAUGAGCUGAAGCACUCGUUAUCACCAGAAACUUUUAUCUGGACCAGAAUAGAUCAGCCAUUUGUCACAUCUGGGCUGAUUUAUCACACAACAUAUAUGUUAUCCAUUUAUUAAUAAUUUCCCUUUUAAAAAGAAACACAAUUAAGAUGUUAAAAAACAUCUUAAUGAGUUUUGGGAAAAUAUUCUGUGGACUGACGGAACAAACUGGACCUUUCUAGAAGGUGUCUCGUUCCACCAGGUGUAAAGCUCUCUCAACAUUUUAGAAACAGAACAUCAGGCCUACAUUUAAGCAUGGUGGUGGUAGUGUGGUGGUCUGGGACUGCUGUGCUGCUUCAGGAACUGGAUGACCUGCUAUAGUUGAUGGAAACAUGAGUUCUGCUCUGCAGCAGGAAGUCCAAAAGAAGCAUGGCCGACCAAUCAUUCUGACCUUAAGCUCGGACGUUACGCAGCAGGACAAUGAUCUGAAACACUCCUGCAGAUCCACCUUAAUGAUUCAAACAGUAUGGACAAAUUGGAGUGGCCUAGUGAAAGUCUGGACUUUCCAAUCCAAAUGAGAUGGUGUAACAUGUCCUUAAACAGAAAACGCUUCAGUGUGGCUGAAUUGAAACAAUUCUGCAGAGAGUUGGUCCGAAUUCCUCCACAGUGAUGUAAAAACUCUGCAGUCAUUAGGUCUAGGGUGUGAUUACUUUUUCAUCAGGUUGGUCUGGAGUGCUUUCAAUAAAUAAAAUCACAAUUUGAAAACA